CACAAAUAAAAUAAGAAUUACGAAACAGCGUCAACAGAAGCGAGAUUCCGUGGUGAACGAGUGCGCUUUACACCAGUAGUAAGAUUAGUCCGCCGAGUUUCAUUGGUCGGAUAAGCCGUUUGAUUGACUGAUACCAACAUCCAAAUACGAUUUUGAUAAAAAUUCAUCUUCCCCUGCAUAUAAUGAAGUGAUCUCGCUAUGAUUCGAAUAGUGCUCCGUGGAUUUGGGAAUAAUUCGAAUCGCACAGUCUGACAGUCAUUGAUCGAGAUGAACGCGACGGAAACGACAAUGAAGUACCUGGGAGUUAUCCUCGCGCUGGCCUUGGUUGCUGGCCAAGUUCUCGCCUUUAGGAUCAAUGAAAAUGAUAGCCAGCUGCAACAUGUUCGACACAAGCGCAGUCUGAACGACAAAUUCUAUAACUUUCUUGAAAGUUUCAAAGACGUACUGCGCGAGGGUAAUGCAACUCUUGGAUUGCCACCUAUGGACCCAUACGUCAACGAAGAACUGGAUUUAGUCAUCAACGAGACGAUUGCUCAGGGAACAGUUCAAUUGAGAAACGUGAAUGCGGUAGGAUUGGCUGGUUACAACAUCGAUGACGCUGAAGUUGCAUUAUUUCCACCUUCGGUUACGGUCGGACUUACGUGGCCUCAACUUUUUCUUGAAACUGAUUACACUUUCAAAGUACUUUUUGCAAACAAAUACGAUGCUUUUGGCAACGGUCAUUUGGUAUUGACAGUGAGUAAUUUAAUGUUCCACACCAUCGUGAAAUUCAAUCUGUCCGGAGGUUUUCGAGUCAAGAGUAUGGAGACGAAAAUUUCUCUCGGCGGACUCAAGCUUCAUGUAACCGGACUAUUCGAGGACCCACAAAUCUCGGACAUGCUCGGCGUUGCUUUAUCUGACGUAGCUCCAGAGAUGGUACAAAUUUAUCAGGCCAACAUAACUGCUAUUGUUAACGAAAAAGCAACAGCGCUCAUAGAUAGCAAAUUUGAAGGAAAAAGCUUCGAAGAUAUCAUCCACAUGUUCGAUUGAUUCUCGUGAUGUAAACGUUACAGAAUAAUAAACGAUUUUAUAUAAAAAAUCCGAAAAAACGUGAUCAGUAUCGUGUGGAUUUUUAUGCAGUGCACAUUGUUAAUAAAAAAAAAAACGAUUUAAACGUCA